CAGCCCCAUUGUGCCCCCGCAGGCAGCCCACCAUGGCUGACCCCAGCCACAUCCAGUCGGCCGCCUCCAAGAGCAUCCGCCCCUUCCGCUCCAGCGAGGAGUACCUGGAGGCCAUGAAGGAGGAUCUGGCCGAGUGGUUCAACACCCUCUAUGACCUGGACAUCCAGGUGGACACCUUCCUGGAGAGCCUGGAGACGGGAUGUCACCUGUGCCGCCAUGCCAACAACGUCAACCGCACCGCCCUGGACUUCCAGGAGCGGCACCCCGAGGCAGCCGCCCGCAUGCGGGUGCCCCAGAACGAGGUGGUCUUCCAGGCCAAGAACGUGGUGCCCGGCUCCUUCAUCGCCCGCGAUAACGUGUCCAACUUCAUCCAGUGGUGCCGGCAGGACCUGGGCAUCCAGGAUGUGCUCAUGUUCGAGACCAACGACUUGGUGCUGAAGAAGAAUGAGAAGAACUUUGUCCUCUGCCUGCUGGAGGUGGCCAGGAGGGGUGCCAAAUUUGGGAUGCUGGCCCCCAUGCUGAUCCAGAUGGAGGAGGAGAUCGAGGAGGAGAUGAGGGACCAAAUGGCCGACGGCGCGCUGGGCACGCGCCGGGAGAGCCGGGACGCCCAGGCGGGCGCCUACCCCAGCCGGGCCCGGCCCAUCAGCCUCUGCGACCUCAAGAACCUGGACGAGCUGGUGCGGGAGAUCCUGGGCUGCUGCUCGUGCCCCUCGCAGUUCCCCAUGGUCAAGGUGUCGGAGGGGAAGUACAAAGUGGGUGACUCCAACACGCUCAUCUUCGUCCGAGUGCUGAGGAGCCACGUCAUGGUGCGCGUGGGUGGCGGCUGGGACACACUGGAACAUUACCUGGACAAGCACGACCCGUGUCGCUGUGCUGCCCUCGCUCACCGCCUGCCCCAGCCCCGCACCGUGGGCAUGUCCCCCCAAAAAGCAGCAAGCAGCACCCCUUCAUCCCGCGCCACCAGCCCCAGCACCCCCCGGCGCCCCCGGCCCRCCGGGCCCCCCCCGGCCGGGGCRGAGCGGGAGMGGGGUCCCCAGUCCCGGGGRGAYCCCCCGAAGCCRCACAAGCAGGAGUGUUUGCCCCCUCGGGGGGGUGCAGCCCCCCGCUCCGGCUCCGGCAGCCCCUCCAGGAGCCCCGCCGAGCCGCGGGGARCGGGAACGCCCAGGUACAGCCCCGGGGGGGUGGGGGGCACCCCAGAACUGCGCCGAGACCCCACGGCAAGGGACCCCCGGCCCGGCCCCGGGGACCCCGAGGAGCUGGCGCGGAGGCUGCGGGCCCCGCGCUGGCUGGAGCCCGGGCAGGAGCAGCGGCUGUUCCAGCGGCUGGAGGAGGAGUUCCUGGCCAACACGCGGCUGCUGGAGCAGCUGGGGGACACGGAGAGCGUCCCCCCCGCGCCCCCCGCCACCGCCGACUCGGCCUAUUGCUCCUCGUCGUCUUCAUCUUCCUCGCUCAACGUGUUCGCCAAGCACGGGCUGCCCGCCGAGGAUGGGCGGCGUGGCGGGAGCAGCGACAGCAACAACAACGGCAACAACAACGGCAACAAUAAUGGGAACAACGGCGGCUGCCCCCCGCUGCCCUCCAACCCCUCCCUGGCCGACGCGAGGCGCCGCUCCACCCUCUCCAGCUCCUCCGACGAGAGCUGCUGCUUCCCGGCCUCCUGGGACAACCGGGAGACGCCGGGGAACCCUGGCUCCGACACCGACUGGGCCACCGGGGAGGACGAGUUGAUGGAGAUGGAGGAGCCCCCCGCGCCCCCKCCGCGGCCCUGGGCCAAGCCCCGGCUGGACACGCAGCCCCACAAGACGCCCUCCCGCAUUCCCACCCCUCGGGGGUUCGGGGCGGGCACCCAGCGAGCCCCCAACGGCAGCCCCAARGCCUGGGGGGCUCUGCAGAGCAUCCCCUCCUCCCUCCUGGAGCCCCCYUGGGCCCCGCGGGAGCGCGAGGGGCUGGAGGAGAACGCGUGGCCGUGAGGGCUCGGUGGCCAUGGCAGCUCCUGGCAGCCCCUGGGACAGCUGGAGGGUGGAGGUGGCACCGGCGUGGAACCACCCGGCCGGGCGACAGACAGAGCUGGGGUGGCCGGGACAUUUGUCACCUGGUGACUGUUGGCACUGGGGGGGCCCUACACGGAGCCCCCAGCCCCAGCCAGGCCCAAAGGGCCCUGAGGGUGUCCCCAUGCCGUGGGGAGCAGCUCCACGGGGGCCAUGGUGUGGUCAGGGCAAUGGUGGCCAGAGCAGAGCCRGCACCUGGGAAUGGGGCUGGAGAGCACCCGGUCCUUCUCAUCCUGCUCUCUUCCUCUCUCCUCUUGCUUCUCCGCUCGUUUUCCUCAUCUUGACCUUCUCCUCAUCUUCUGCUCCUCUUCUUGCUAUUCUUGUCAUCYUCCUCCUCAUACUCUUAAAUCUCCUCUCUCUCCUCUUCUUUAGGGCUGCUUCCUCCUUCUCUCUUGUCUUCUUCUCUCGGCCUUCACAUCCUUCUCAUCAUCUUGAUCUUCACCUCCUCUUGGCCUCUUGUCAUCACCUCCGUGGCUGUUAUCUCUCUUCCCCACCCCUGAGAUGACUCGGGGACAGGCACUUUGUCACCACAGCCCUUAGGGCAGAGGGGUCACUGUUGCCUCUGCAGCCCCUGGCUGGCUGCAGCACUGCCCACAGCUCGUGUUGAUGUCCCCAGGGUGGGACAGGGCUGUGCCCCCACCCCUGUGGCCCCGCAUGCCCUCCCCAGCCAGUAAAACCAACCGAGCUGAGGCCACUGUGUCUGGUCAUCUGUCCAGGGGGAUUCUGACCCCCCAGGCCCAAGGGAGGAGGUUCUGGGGGUCCCAGGAGGGGACAAGCUGGGGUGAAGCUGAGCCCCAAUGUCCUGCAACCCAUUUUACAGCCAUUGGGACCCCUCAGGGAGGUCCCCAGAGCCCCACGUGCCCCAUGGCCAGGGACCUUCACCUCAGGGCUGCUGGCCCAGGGAAACGUGGCCACACUCCAAGGGCAGGUUGUGGGUCACCAGGAAGGUCUAGACAUGCUGAUGGUGAGCACCCCASUGUAACUUUGGGGGUCCCAAAGCAGGAUGGUCACUGUGGUGCCUGGACACCCGCCCUGCCCCUCAGAGUAGGGCUGGUGACCCCAUAGAGUGUCCCAGAGCAGCCCCAGUGCCCUGUGGGGUGUCCCAGAGUAGCC